AUGGCAGGAAAUAGCAACGUCCCAGCAGCAGGACCGGCAACUCCGCGCCCACCUGCAAGACAAGCAAGACCAGUCGAUCAAGACAGUGACGAUGAGCCCGACGAACAAACUCAGCAAAGAUUCACCACGUUGGAAAGAGUCAUCGAUCAAAUGAAUGAACACAUUCAAAGACUGCAAGCUGCAAUCGCUGAAAGAGACGAUCAUGUCAACCAACUCGAAGCUCAAGUCAUGGCUAUACCACCUGGCGAAGCUGGAACAGCCGGCAACAGGGUCAAACUACCAAAACCCAUGACCUUCGACGGAACUAGAUCUAAGUUGAAGACAUUUUUGGUCAACAUGGAAAUGCAUAUCGAAGCCAACCAGAUCACCAAUGACAAAAAGAAAAUGAUCUUUGUGGCAUCAUGCUUUACCGACGCAGCAGCAGCAGAAUGGAUACAACCUAUGCUAAGUGAAUUAUACACUAUCGACAAAGGUAGUUGGGGAACUAUCACCAGGGAACUGUUUUCGAACUACGGCAUGUUCAAACAGAAACUUGGAGAAGCGUUCGGAAACAUCGACGAGCUACGGACCGCGGAAAGACAACUAAGAUACCUACGACAGACCGGAUCCGCUCAGCAGUUGGCAACCAAAUUCCGACAGAUAGUAACACCACUACACUAUGAUGAUGCUAUUCAAAUCGCAACCUUUGAGAACAUGCUCAAGGAAGAAGUCCAGACGGAACUCAUCAAACUCGACCGACCCGACAACAUUGACAGAUUCAUUGAGAUGGCGGUCAAAAUUGACAACAAACUGUUCGAGAUCAAACAGAAGCGACAGGAGUUUCAGAGAUGGAAGAAAGUUGGAGGAUUCCCUCAGUAUGCCAACACAUCGGCAAAACGAGGAACCCAAUACGACAAGGACGGCGAUGUCAAGAUGCAGCUUAACAACGUGAUCAGUAAGGAAGAAAUGGCCAAGCGCAAGGAAAACAAAGCUUGUUACAAGUGCGGACGAAAAGGACACUUUGCACGACAGUGUCGAUCAGGGCAAAACAAACAGAACGGUAACGUCAGCCCUCAAAAAAUAACAACAGUCCAUCAACAAGUUGCGGCCAUACACCAGACAAUUGUGACCCCCUCGGACAGUGAGGAGGAGGAGUCAGAAAAUGAACAGGUCGACGAAGUCCAGGACUUCUGGGGACCGAUACUAGAAAAGGAAAUAUACGAAUCGCUCAAGAAAUUCGAGCAAGAAGAUAGCCCUGGGCAAUCUAAGGGACGCCUCAGACAGAGUUCAGAAAGGGAACCACCCCAGGAAGAAGACGCUAACCCGGAAGAAGCGCAACCUCACCUACGACGAGGUCAAGAGAAAGGACCGAUCAGAGAACCUCGCAGAGAAGACCAAUACAGCAAAACCGCUGGACGGCGUAUUGAUGACCUUUCAUCAGGAAGUGAAAGCCGACACCCCCUGACGUUUCGAGACGGUGGAAAAGACAGAGAAGUUGACCACGAGGACUCGGAUCGAGAAUCAGACACCCCGCAACAUUCACAGUUAACAAGAACAACAAACCUCAGAAGAGACGCCGCAAGGGCGAUCGACCAAGCAAAUGAAACAAUCAGACUGUUCCAGAAACGACCACCAAUCACAAAGAAAGAAUGGGAUUCAGUCCUAGGAACCAGCACGACGGUUCCAGGAAUAAAAAUUGAGAUUCCAGAAACAAGCAAAGAAGAACUGAAAACAGACAGCGAAGACUCCGAAACAACAGAAGAAUUCCCUGAAAUCGACUACGAAGAACCAAAACGAGAAUGCAGUUGCAAACCACCCAAACCAGUAUGUUGGGAAGACUCUAUUCAGACAUACCGACAACACAUCCUCGAAUGCGAAAAAUGCCACGAGUGGACAUUUCACAAAUGCGAUAUGCACGGAAAAAAGAACAUCGCACUCGCAAACGAAUUCGAAUACGUCUCACUCACCAAAGGAACACGGUUGUGCCACCCGAUGCUUGGGCAUACCGAAAGAUGUUCAUGCAUGUACUACCCACAAUAUGGAGGACACCAUCACAAGAAGAUACACUGGACGCAAUGCUAUGAGUCAAGAUGUCCAACUCACCUCGAAGAAAAGGAAAAGAACAAGUGGAAGCCAACGGCACCGAUGAUCAUCUACCAACCCAUCCCGGACUGCCCGAAGGGCUGGAACGAAUGUUGGUGCUACGCAGAAGAAAUUUGGCACCCUUUCCACAAUAGCAUCGAAACUGACCAAUGCUACGCGAAAAAAUGUCCAUACCACGAAGGACGAGUCAUCUACACCGAUGAAGACUGGACCGAAAUUGUUCUAUCACAGAAACGAUACCUUGAGAGGCACAGAAAGGGACACCACCUUAUUGCCACAACUAUCAAGACAGGAGAAACUGUGAUCAUUAUCAAGGGAACAAUCAACGGACACGAAGCCAAACUACUCCUCGACUCGGGAGCAUCAACGAACUACAUUAGCGAAGCAUACGUCAAGAAAAACAGGAUCCAAACGCACGAGACAAACCUAUGGCAUACUGUACAAAAUUUUGAAGGACAAAUCACGAUCGAAGGAUUCGUACGACGAACUGGAAACAUCACACUCAAAUCAGGAGAACACGAAGAAAGCAUCCAACUGGAUUUAAGUCCGUUCGAGCGAAAGGAUUUCGACAUUAUACUCGGAAUGACGUGGCUACGGAAACAUAAUCCUGUCAUUGACUGGAAACACGAGACGGUGUCAAUAGACCUGAAAACGCUGCAAACAGAGCAGAUGGGGAUCAAGCCGAACCAGCAGUUGAAGGUGAAACAUGCUGAAGAAAUAAACGAAAUAGGCCGACAAAUUGAAACACGAAAGAAACCAAAAGAAAUCUACGAAAAAGAACUAAAGGAAGUGCUCGACAAGCUACCAGAAAAAUAUCGGGACUUUACCGAAUUAUUUAGAUACCGCUCAAGGAAGGAGCACAAGUACCACAAGUGA